CUCAGCGCUGGCAAGCUUUAGUUUGUCUUUCAAAGCCAGCUGAGUAACAAGUUCGUCGCUCUGUCUAAAAAAACCCAAAGAAAUUUAUAAAUUUCUGCUUAUUGAUUUCGAAUUGUCUAGUGCACAGUGUUGUUUUUCCUGCAGACAGCGCAGAAAGCAGUGAAUAUAUAUAUUUUUCUAAUAAAUCGAUAAAUUCGUAAAUUCGUGGGAGAAACAUGUCCGAGGAAGCAGAUAUGAGUAAUCAAGACCUCUACUCAUUGGAAGCCAAUUUGGUUAACAAGUCGAUGCGAGAAUUGGCAAAUGGCGAGGAGAAAGAUCCAAUUACUAAAUUACGUUUGUUGUGUCUUAGUCGUGGAGCAACUGGUAUUGUCGGUUUGGGCAGAGCAUUCCGCAACAUGGACGACGACGGCAGCAAAGCGCUGAACGAAGAAGAGUUCAUCAAUGGCAUACGUGAGACGGGUUUAGAUGUAACCGACGAGGAAAUCAAGGAGAUGUUCAAAAGUUUCGAUGAAGACGGCAGCGGUUCCAUUAACAUGACAGAGUUUCUGCUGAAAUUGCGGCCACCGAUGCCGCAAUGCCGUCUAGACAUCAUCGAUCAAGCUUUUGCCAAGAUGGACAAGACCGGCGAUGGCGUUAUUACUGUGGAUGACUUGAAGAAUGUCUACUCAGUGAAAGAGCAUCCGAAAUUUCAGAGUGGCGAAAUGAGUGAAGAUGAAAUAUUGACGGAAUUUUUGAAUAAUUUCGAGGGCGGGCGUGGCAAUUUGGAUGGCAAGAUUACCAAAGAGGAAUUUGAGAACUAUUAUGCGACCAUUAGCGCCUCCAUUGACAACGAUAUGUUCUUUGAUCUGAUCAUGAGACGUGCUUAUGCCUUGUAAAAUAUUUCGCUAUUAUUCUAGUGUACGUUGAAGUCUCGCAGUCUCGCAGUCUCGCAGUGUUGCAGUAUUUAAGAAUCUUUAUAUUAGUUAUUAGUUGUCACUUCUUCAUAUGUUUCAUGUUGUGAAUAACUCGAAAAUGUAUGUCCACGAAAAUCUGUUUCUGAACAAAUAGUAUACGAGUAUGUUUAUGUAAAUUUAUUAUAUAUAUAAAUACAUCUUGAGCUUAUAAUUUCUAGCAAGCCAAAGGCGAAA